AUGGGCAACUGCAGGAGUUCAUCCCGUGCACUCUUAGGGAAGACCCAUGUUGUUCCGGAUUCAGAAUGGGGGAUUCAGGACUUCGGAAAGACCCAUGUUCCAGUUUUUGAAUGGAGGAUUCAGGACUUCUCGUCACUGCUUAAGACUGGAGCUAAGAGCACAAUAUCUGGUGCUUUUCACUGCUCUGGGUAUAACUGGUUCCUACAAGUGAUUCCAAUGCAUAAAGAAGCUGGUGCUGGAACUCCAUAUGUUGCUCUUCGUCUUGUGCCAUCCCAAUUGAGCUUGGUGCCAGGUCACACGGUUCACGCGAUGUUUGAGUUGUCAAUAUACAACCAUACAAAAGGAAUGUACUGUGGAUGCAAAGCAGCUACCUACAACUUUGAUUUCAAGAAUACCUACUCGAAGGAGCAUUGCUUGAUUCCUCUUCAGGAGCUACUGAAAUCAUCUGCUUUUCUAGUGGAUGAUAGCUGUGUCUUUGCUGUGGAGAUAUUGAAGAUUGAUGUCUCUUCUCCUGAAAAGAAGGCUGUUGUGAUUCAGAAGAAGGCUACCAUAGUUCAGAACCUCUUUGUCCAGAAUAAGGGAUUCGUCAAAGGAACAUACACUUGGACCAUGAACAAUUUCCCUGAAUUUGAUUUGAAGCACUUCGUCCGUUCUCCUACAUUUGAAGUUGGCGGACAAAAAUGGUACAUCGGCAUGUAUCCACGUGGUGACAAGUACAGCACUGAUUGCCUCAGCUUGUACUUACACCUGGAUGCCUCGGAUGAGCACCAACUCGAGUCCAAGAAGGUGGCUGUAAUGACUCUGUCCAUCCUGGACCAAACGAAUGGAAAACACUUCACUAGAACUUCAGGUCUCUGGGUAUGUGGACAAGGAUGGGGAUGGCCUAACUUCCUUGGACUCAAGAAACUCAAGGACCCGUCGGGAGGCUAUGUUGUAGGAUCGAGCUGCGUUGUGAAGGCAGAUCUCACUAUCGUUGGUUCAUCCAAUGAUGGCUAG